AUGUGGGGACCCCCGGGAACAGCGCAGAACUCCCGGAUUUCUGGGGAGAACCCCCGACCCCUCCCGGGGCACCGGGGGGGGGGCGGUCAGACACACACGGCGCCCCCAACCCAGCACGGGAACCGCAAACCAGGAAGCACCGGGGAGCCUCAGCUCCCGGCCCGUGUCGCCGCUGCCGGAGGGGACAUCCCGGGAGCUGGGAACCCUCCCGCCACCCCCGGGGCCCCCGCACCGCCCCCGCAGCUCCGGUUCGCCCGCAGCCGCCACCCCCGUGUGGCCACCCCCGUGUCCCGGGGAGCGCCGGUGGCACAGCAGGGGCGGGGGAGCGGAGAAGAGCUGGGCUUGGCCCGGCCUGAUGUCGCUCCUGCCCGGGACCUGAGCCCCGGUGUCCCCUCUGCCCGGGACCUGUGCCCGAGCCCCGGUGUUCCCCCGGCCCGGGACCUGAGCCCCCGUGUCCCCCGCCCGGUCCCUAAGCCCUGCCCCCGCUCGCGGGGGCUUUUCCGGAGGGUCCCGGGACCCGCUGCCCACCCGUUACCCCGGACCCCGCUGCCCACCCGGCGCCCACCCGGCUUCCCGCUGACCACCCACUGCCCCCGGACCCCGCUGACCACCCGGUGCCCUCCGGACCCCGCUGCCCUCCGGACCCCGCUGCCCACCCGGCGCCCACCCGGCUUCCCGCUGACCACCCACUGCCCCCGGACCCCGCUGACCACCCGGUGCCCUCCGGACCCCGCUGCCCUCCGGACCCCGCUGCCCACCCGGCGCCCACCCGGCUUCCCGCUGACCACCCACUGCCCCCGGACCCCGCUGACCAUCCGGUGCCCUCCGAACCCCGCUGCCCUCCGGACCCCGCUGACCAUCCGGUGCCCUCCGAACCCCGCUGCCCUCCGGACCCCGCUGACCACCCACUGCCCCCUGACCCCGCUGACCACCCGGUGCCCUCCGGACCCCGCUGCCCUCCGGACCCCGCUGACCACCCGACCUCUGUUGACCACCUGCUGCCCCCUGACCCUGCUGACCACCCGCUACCCUCCGGACCCCGCUGCCCACCCGUUGCCCCAGACCCCCCUGACCACCCGGUGCCCUCCGGACCCCACUGACCACCCGCUGCCCACCCCGUUCCCGCUGCCCACCCUGUCCUUGCUGCCCACCCGACCCCUCUCCCACACCCGGGAGCGCCCCGCUGGGUCAGGGCACUCUUGGGGUGCCAACGCCCGGCGCUCCGGGGGCUGCCACCCCUCCCGACAGCCCGAGCCCGAGGGUGAUCCCAGCCUGGGGACCCGCGGGACACCUGGAUUUGGCCGCUCCUGA